GUCAGAUACCAUUAAAAAAAAGUGAAACGGGUUCGGUGCGGGUGGCAUUGGUAUAGUUUCGUUUAUUUUAUCAUAUUUGGCAGUAUAUUUACAAGAAAUCCGGUGAUAUUUAUAUAAAAUCUCAACAAUGGACGACCAAGGCAGGAAGGUGAUCGUCUGCGACAACGGCACCGGUUUUGUGAAAUGCGGCUACGCAGGAAGUAAUUUUCCGGCUUUCAUUUUCCCGUCGAUGGUGGGCAGGCCUAUCAUUCGGGCGGAGAACAAAAUUGGUGAUAUUGAUGUUAAGGAUUUGAUGGUGGGAGAUGAAGCGUCUCAACUCAGGUCUAUGCUCGAAGUCAGUUAUCCCAUGGAAAAUGGAGUGGUCCGUAACUGGGAGGACAUGUGUCACGUGUGGGAUUACACGUUCGGGCCCAGCAAGAUGAAUGUGGAACCGGCUGAUACUAAGAUACUGCUCACAGAGCCGCCCAUGAACCCGACUAAGAACCGGGAGAAGAUGAUCGAGGUGAUGUUCGAAAAAUACGGUUUCGACAGCGCCUACAUCGCCAUCCAAGCGGUGCUGACCCUCUACGCCCAGGGCCUCAUCUCCGGGGUGGUGGUGGACUCGGGGGACGGGGUCACUCACAUAUGUCCGGUGUACGAGGAGUUCGCCUUGCCUCACCUCACGAGGCGGCUGGAUAUAGCCGGCAGGGAUAUUACGCGGUAUCUCAUCAAGUUGCUCCUCCUUCGUGGCUAUGCGUUUAACCACUCUGCCGACUUCGAAACGGUCCGAAUGAUGAAAGAGAAGCUGUGUUACAUCGGCUACAACAUCGAGCAGGAACAAAGAUUGGCUUGGGAGACCACCGUGUUAGUCGAGCCUUAUGUUUUACCAGAUGGGCGCGUCAUCAAAGUUGGUGGCGAGCGGUUUGAAGCACCGGAGGCGCUGUUUCAACCGCAUCUCAUCAAUGUGGAGGGACAAGGCAUCGCCGAGCUUGUUUUCAACACUAUUCAGGCGGCGGACAUAGACAUGCGCAACGAGUUAUACAAGCACAUCGUCUUGUCCGGAGGCUCAACUAUGUACCCCGGCCUCCCCUCGAGGCUAGAACGCGAGAUAAAGCAGCUCUACCUAGAGCGUGUACUAAGGAACGACACGGAUAAACUCGCGAAAUUCAAGAUCCGCAUAGAGGACCCGCCGCGGCGCAAGGACAUGGUGUUCAUCGGCGGCGCCGUGCUGGCCGAGGUCUGCAAGAACAGGGACAACUUCUGGCUCUCGAGGGCCGAGUAUCAGGAACAGGGUCUGGCGUGCUUACGAAAACUGGGACCCCGCGCAAGUUAAUCCAAUGACAAUUAAAUUAUAAUGUAAAAAUGUAUGAUUCCUUUACUAUUAUUAUGAUUUACUUCAUGUAGGAUAAUUUAACCGUAUUAUUUUAUAUAGGAUGAGAUUAUUCCAAUAACAAUACUAUUUAAAAACCUAUCCACGUAAAAUAACCAUUUAAACCAAGCAAAUUUCGCUCAAAAUAUUAUAAAUUUCACAAAAAUGUACUUAGCAUAGCAGAUGCAAAAAUAUAAAAUGACAAGACAUGUAUUUGAUAAAGACUGUUAUUUCUUCUGCAUUUAUUGUAUUUAAAAUUAUGUUUAUGUAUAGUGUGACAUUUUUACAAAUUAAUACGAAAUCGUG